AUGGAUGGCAAGGUUAUCCAGGCCGGAAAGUUCGAUAACAAGUCCACUAAUGAGGAGCGAGAUGCACUUCUUCGAACUCUCCUGGACACGGCAGAGGCUGCGGAACAGAUCGGUGAUCACGACGAAAUGGAUGAUGACGAACUCAAUGAAAUCAUGGCACGAUCCGAAGAAGAAAUCCCCGUUUUCCAGGAGAUCGACAGGCAGCGAAUUGCCAACGACCAAUAUGGUCCUGGCCACCGCUACCCUCGACUGAUGUCCGAACAAGAAUUGCCCGAAAUUUAUAUGCAGGAGGAUAACCCUGUCACCGAAGAAGUCGAGAUUGAGGUCACUGGCCGCGGUGCUCGUGAACGCAAGGUGACCAAGUACGAUGAUGGUCUCACCGAAGAGCAGUGGUUGAUGGCAGUUGACGCCGAUGACGAUACUAUUGAAGCAGCGAUCGCGCGCAAGGAAGCUCGUGUUGAGCGUCGCAAGUCCAAGAAGGCUGGGGGUGAUGAAGAUGAAUCUUCACCUGAGCCAUCGAUCAUUGAUGAUGACGAGACUCCUCAAAAGCAGAAGCGCCGUCGUGGUCCUCCUCCCAAGCGCAAGGCCGAGGAAGUUGCUGAAGAAACCCCACAACCUAAGCGCAAGAGAGGCCGCCAGCCUAAGGUUCCGGAUACUCUCAACCCGACUGACCGUGCCAACUUGACUCGCAUUCUCGAUACUGUGGUCCAGUCGUUGAUGGACAUGGAGGCUGAGGUGCCACCGGAAGGCUCUGAUAGUGAAGAGGGCCCCAUGGUUCGUUCGAUCAUCGAGCCAUUCAUGAAGCCCCCGCCGCGUUCUUAUUAUCCGGACUACUACAUGAUCAUUCAAAAUCCCAUUGCUAUGGAAGCGAUUCAGAAGAAGAUCAAGCGGGCCGAUUACCAGAGCUUGAGGGAAUUCCGCAACGACAUCCACUUGCUCUGCCAGAAUGCCCGCACUUACAACGAGGAUGGCAGUGUGCUAUUCCAGGAUGCCAAUGAUAUUGAGACCAAGUGCUUGGUGGAAUUGCGACGACUGACCGAGGACCAUCCUGAGCUCGCCAACUUUGAAGAUCGGUUCGCCGGUGAUGGCUCGACCGAGUUUGCCUCGGGCGCUGACACUCCGCUUACUGCUGGCACCCCGGGCCAGCCGAAGCUGAAGCUCACCUUCAACAAUCCCAACCGGGAUAGCCCCAGCACUUCAAUGGGUGCUGACUACGGCUUUGGAGAGUGA